UGCGAGGAGAGAUCACGUCCGAACUCUGCCGAGAGGCGCCGCCUGCGCCUCCGGAAAGAGCCGAUCCCAGCCGCGACCCCGGAAGUGGCGACCACAGCCAGUCGGUGGGUCUGUGUGGCCGGCGGAGGCCGAGGGGACAAUGGAGGAGAGCGGCAGCUAGAUCAGAUUUGCGUUUUCGGGACCAGAACUUUGACCCGUCCUUAGCGCCCGCCUUUGUUGUCAGAUUUUGGACGCUUUGGAGCUCAAGAUUGAGGCUUGUAGGGCUUCUGGAUGUUUUGGCUGAACAUUGGAAGAAUGUAACUAGGGUCUCCCGGACAUGACUGAUUCCACCUGCGGAGGAAAGGAGAAGGAUAUGUCCAAAUAACAUUGAUGACGCUGUGAGGAAAAUCCGCCAGACAUGCAGUCCUCAGGGCACCGCUUCCGCGACGUGGAGCACCAUCCUCUCCUAAACGAAAGCGAUGGCUACAGCCCCGCCCCUCCAGACGGCGACUUGGCGGACAGACUGUGGUUCAUCCGGGACGGCUGCGGCAUGGUGUGCGCCGUAAUCACAUGGAUGCUGGUCUUGUAUGCAGACUUUGUGGUGACUUUUGUAAUGCUGCUGCCAUCCAAAGACUUUUGGUUUUCCGUCAUUAACGGGACCCUUUUCAACUGCCUGGCAGUCAUGGCGCUGGCCUCCCACAUGAGGACCAUGCUAACCGAUCCGGGAGCGGUGCCCAAAGGGAAUGCCACUAAGGAGUACAUGGAGAGCCUACAGCUGAAACCGGGGGAGGUCAUCUACAAAUGUCCGAAGUGUUGCAGCAUCAAACCGGAGCGAGCGCACCACUGCAGUAUUUGUAAGCGAUGCAUCCGGAAGAUGGACCAUCACUGUCCUUGGGUGAAUAACUGCGUGGGUGAGAAGAACCAAAGGUUUUUCGUGCUCUUCACUAUGUACAUAGCACUGAUCUCUCUGCACGCCCUCAUUCUUUGUGGCUUCCAUCUCUUCACCUGUGUCCGGGGGCAGUGGACAGAUUGCAGCAGCUUCAGUCCACCUGUCACUGUCAUCCUCAUGAUCUUUCUCUGCCUCGAGGGCCUCCUCUUUCUCACCUUCACAGCCGUCAUGUUUGGGACACAGCUUCAUUCCAUAUGCAAUGAUGAAACGGAAAUCGAAAGGCUGAAAAGUGAGAAGCCCACGUGGGAGCGGAGACUGAGGUGGGACGGGAUGAGGUCCGUGUUCGGCGGGCAGCCAUCCUUACUCUGGAUCAACCCCUUCAUGGGUUUACAGAUGAGACGAUUCCUCAGAGCAAGAAAAGGCGGCACGGAAUUCUCCGUCUGAUCCGAUACAACCGGAACCCUCCGGAUCCCUCAUCAAUGCUGGAAUCGCCAACAUAUAAAAGGACCUUAUUUUACACGGCGAUACGACUCAGAAAAGAUACAAUCAUGGAAGAUGGGGAGAAGGGGGAAUUUCAGUUUUAUCCUUUUUAAAGAAAAAAUAUUAAUUCCAAAGUGGCAUCAUGUAUGGACGCAAAACGGCGUGCUUGAGGCUGGAAAUGGUGAAGGAUCGAUUGCUCUGAACUUUAAUUUAUUCCGAUACAGGGUUCUGAUUGCACCUAGCGUAAAAAUGUAUUUUUUAAGUUGAAAA